AUGAAAUGUGACAAGUGCCAAUCCACUGGAAACAUUUCAGAGAAAAAUGCAAUGUCAAUGAACAUCAUAUUGGAAAUGGAACUAUUCGACGUCUGGGGUAUAGAUUUCAUGGGACGAUUUCCAUCGUCAAAUGGCCAUAAAUACAUUUUGUUGGCCGUCGACUAUGUUUCCAAAUGGAUUGAAGUGGUUUCAUGUGUUGCAAACGAUGCGGCAACAGUCUCCAAGUUCUUACAGAGAAACAUCUUCACUCGUUUUGGCACACCACGUGCCAUAAUAAGUGACAAAGAAACCCCCUUUGUGAAUCGUAUCAUUAACAAACUGCUGAUCAAAUACAAUGUCCACCGUAAGAUCGCCACCACAUAUCACCUUCAGACAAACGAACAAGCCGAGGUUUCUAACAGAGAAAUCAAGUUUAUUUUAGAGAAGGUGAAUCCAUCACGGAAGGACUGGGCCAUGAAGCUUGACGAUGCCUUGUGGGCAUAUAGGACUACUUAUAAGACGCCCAUAGGCAUGUCACCGUAUGCGUUGGUGUUUGGAAAGGCUUGUCAUCUACCGCUGGAACUAGAGUAUAAGGCAAUGUGGGAAGUUAAGAAGCUUAACUUUGAUCUUAAGGCUACAGGGGAAAAAAGAAAACUCCAGUUACUUGAGCUGGACAAAUGUAGACUACAGACAUAUGAAAAUGCCAAAAUUUACAAAGAACACACGAAGUGA